GAAUGGAUCUAACUCAUGAUCAAUUAUCAAAUUAAACAUUCUUCUAAAUUAGUCUCAACUCAGCAAGAAGAAAUGUUAUUGAACAGCACAAACACUCUUAAAAUUUUCUCACAAGGAAAAGCAUGGGAAGCCAAAACUCUUACAGGUAUGUCUUCUGAACAGCUAAAUCAAAGGUCCAAAAUUCUUGCUUCUGAUACAGAAGGAGCAAUGGGUUCAAAAAUAAAGGAAAUGUUAAGAAAAGUUGAGCUAUCAGUGUCCUCAUAUGACACUGCAUGGGUUGCAAUGGUUCCUAGCUUGGGUUCAUCAAACCAGCCACUUUACCCAAAAUGUUUGAAUUGGGUUAUGGACAAUCAACAGCCUGAUGGCUCAUGGGGUCUUCAUCUCAGCCAUCCAUUGUUGAUUAAAGACUCACUUUCUUCAACUUUGGCCUGUGUUCUUGCCCUUCAAAGAUGGAAUGUCGGCCAACAACUUGUACAUAAAGGUUUGGAGUUUAUUGAAUCAAACAUUUGGGCUGCAACGGAUAAACAUCAACUUUGUCCGGUUGGGUUCGAUUUAAUAUUUCCGACCAUGAUUGAAUCUGGCAGAGACAUGGGUUUGAACCUUGGUUUAAACCAAACACUAGUUGAGGCCAUGAUUCUAAACCGAGAUUUGGAAACUAAAAGUUUGAAAAAUAAAGGAAGAAAUUUAGCAUAUGUUGCAGAAGGUUCAAAGGACUGGAAUGAAAUAAUGAAAAAUCAAAGGAGUAAUGGAUCACUUUUCAAUUCCCCAUCUUCAACGGCUGCUGCUUUAAUCCAUCGUCAUGAUGACAAAUGUUUCAAUUAUUUAAAUUCGCUAGCAAACAAAUUCGAAAAUGCAGUGCCUACAAUUUAUCCUUUUGAAAUCUAUGCACGUCUCUCUGUAAUCGACAGCUUGGAAAAACUAGGAAUUGAUCGAUAUGUUAGCGAUGAUAAACAAACAGUACUAAACGACAUUUACAGAUGUUGGAUAGAAGGAAGUGAAGAAAUAUUUUUGGACCCAACUUGUUGUGCCAUGGCAUUUCGUAUCCUAAGGUCAAAUGGAUAUGGUGUUUCUUCAGAUGCUUUAGCAAUUUUUGAAGAACAAGAGAGUUUAUACUAUGCAAAAGAUACCAAAUCAGUACUUGAAUUGUUCAAAGCUUCGCAAACUACAAUAUUUGAAGAUGAGCCUAUUCUUGAUAAAAUUAGUGUUUGGACAAGCACUUAUCUUCAACAGGAAUUGGCUAAUGAGCAAAUUCCUGACAAAAGUUUGCAUUCAGAGGUGGAUUAUGCACUAAAUCACAUACAAGCUAAUUUGGUACGACUUGAACAUAGAAGCACCAUUGAGAAUUACAAUACAGAUAGUGUCUCACUUCUUAAAACAGCUUACAGGUUCCACAAUGUUGAGAAUAGAGAUCUCUUGAAAUUUUCAGUCCAAGAUUACAAUGAGUGUCAAUCCCUACAUCGAAAAGAACUCGACUAUCUCGAGGGAUGGAUCAAGAAAUGUGGAAUUGAUAAAUUAGAGUAUGCAAGGCAAACAAUUAAAUAUGCUGCCUUUUCCAUUUCCUCGAGCAUUUUCCGACCUGAAUUCUCCGAUGGUCGCAUCUCUUGGGCUCAAAAUUCUGUUUUGACAACUAUUGUUGAUGAUUUCUUUGAUUAUGGUGGCUCUAUGGAAGAACUAUCAAACUUGAUCGAAUUAAUCGAAAGUUGGGAUGAUCAUGCAACAAUUGGCUACAAAUCAAAAGAAGUUGAGAUACUAUUCAAUGCAGUCUAUACUACUACAAAUGAUCUUGCAGAAAAAGCUCGCAUAGUACAAGGACGAUGCGUUAAAAAACACAUGAUCGAUCUCUGGCUCUUCUUGCUCGAGGCUAUGUUAAAGGAAGCAGAUUGGGGAAGAAAUAAAAUAGUGCCAACAAUGGAUGAAUUUGUACCCAAUGGGUACAUUUCAUUUGCCUUAGGACCUAUUAUUCUUACAACACUUUAUCUUGUGGAGCCAAUGUCCGAAGAAGUUAUCAAUAGUGAAGAGUAUGAGAAGCUUUACAUGACCAUAAGCAUUCUUGGUCGACUCAUCAAUGAUCGUGUAGCCACAUUGAGUGAUGGUGCACAAGGAAAACUGAAUAUUGUGAGCUUAGAAGUAAUCAAUGGUAAAGGUGCCAUAACUGAAGAAGAAGUUCAAGAAAAAGUAGCCAAAACAAUUGACAUAAAUAGAAGAGAGUUGCUAAAAAUGGUGUUACAAAAAGAAGGGAGCAUAGUUCCUAAAGCUUGCAAAGAUUUCUUUUGGACAAUGAGCAAUGUUUUGCACCUUUUCUAUAUGGGUGAUGAUGGCUAUUCUUCUCCAACUAAGAUGAUGGGUGCUUUUAAUGCAGUUAUUAAUCAACCAAUUUUUCUUUCUUAGAAAUCUUCAAUUGCGGAAAAGCUCGAUAUUAUUUUAUUUUUAAUAUAUUUUACUGUCGGAUGAAAAUGAUCGUUAUUUAUCCGAUGGUGAUAAAUAGAUGAAGUAAUAUUUAUUUUGGAAAAAAUAAACCCUAGAAGAUAGUGAUUCAUUUUAUGUAAUUAAUUUGGUUGAUCUUUCUAUUUAUAUAUUGGAGAUUAAACUUGAUAA